AUGUCCAGGCAUCCAGCCAACUUCGAGUUCAGCAUUCGUGGCGAUGAGCUCGAACAAAAUCGUAUCCAGCUAGAGCACAACCUACAGCACACUGAUCUAUCUCUCCACCUCUCUUCUACCCCGGACGACGAUACCGAUGUCGAAUACCCGAGGCACAACUCGGCCCCAUCGCCCUUUGUCGUUUCCCCUCCCUUCGGACAUCAUUCUGAGGACCACCUCCAGCCCGCCGAGCAGAGUCAGUAUCACGCUUGGUCCUACCGUACUCUCGAAGAAGAUGGCGACGGCGUGGCUCCCUACGCUAUGUCUACUAUAUCUACUGCUGCUCAUCAUGCGAGCGCUCUCACUCUUAGCGCUGGUCUUGGAGGGCGGAGAACCAGGAGAGACAUCAGUAUGAGUGGUGCCGAAUAUGAUCCAGACCGCCCCCUGCACGGAAUCAUGGCAGGGAUGAACGGCUAUCUCAGUAACAUUGACAUAAAUUCUACGAUGUCAAAUCAUAUGAUGUCCGCAGCUACCGACUUUGACCCUGUCGUGGUGGAUGAUACAGCAGAAAUUGAUCGUAUUCUGCAAUCAGGGCACACUGGAGUAGUAGUCCGCUCUCCAGACUGCAGCUCAUCGGCCACAUCUGACUCAGAACCUGCCUCACUCCGUUCGAAUACGCGUUCUCCUAGACCUAAACUUUCCGACGCGCUCCACAAAGUCGCGUUCUCCCCCAAGCGACCUCGCAGUGCGCAAGCCCAUCUCUCUCCCCAUUCUCGCCCUCACUCCUCUCUUGUACCACUCUUUGGGACUGCGCACCCAACGCUCCGAGCCCGUCCGCCCCCGACCACCCUUGGUUCGGAAGCCGACGCUCCUACUCCAAGGCCCAGGCAAGUCAGUAGGAACCAAUCUCUCUCAUAUGUGCAAGAAAGUAUGCCGAGAAAUAGAAGUGCCGCAGCGAUGCACGACAAGGACAGGAACCCAUUUGGAGAUGUUGGAAAUCAGAUGGCCCCCGAGCGUGCACCUCCUGUAAAAAUUCCGUCACAAACUCCACUCAAGGGCAAGGUCUAUCUGCCUGACGUCACAGGCUUAACCGAGGCCAUUGCCACUCCGGUCAAGAUAGACCCCGACUAUCACGGAUAUAAGGCCAGGAAAGAUGGAGAAUGCGAAGCCCGGUUGCUGGCUACGCUCAAUCUCGUCCAGGCCAAACUUGCAUUUCUUGAAUCCGAGAAUAGUACCACUCGUCGCCGUGUUCGCGAGCUCGAGGUUGAGCUGGAAGCAUGCAAACACGAAGUGGCAAAGGAGCGCACAAAGAUGAUCGCGCGCGAAGAGGUCAUGGCCCCGCCGCAUGCCGAUAUCACAAGCAAAGAACGACACCGGUUCACAAACGCUGGAAGACUGCAGAAGGGAAAGGCCCAAGUGCGCGUGGAUGAUCGAGAUAUGUCUGCGAACGAGAGCAGAUAUAAAGAGGUAGUAGAGGAGAAGAAAGCUCUGGAGGCACUGAUUACCACCCUGCGUGCUCAUCUGUCUCGUCUCACCGCGGAACUCUCCGAUCAUCAACGCCUUCUGAUAGAGCUCCGCACUUUGCGCGAUUGCGAUGUCCGCAGCCUAGCAGACAAGAGUAAAGACGUCGACCAGCUUCGUCGGGAAGUAGAACGGCUGGCUGGCGAAGUGGAUGUCCUAAAAGGUGUCAUCGAAGAGGGCCUGAAAGAGAGGCGCAUCGCCAAGGAGCGUUCGUCCUUCAAGUGUGAAGAGGAUACGCCUGAGCAUUCCGUUGCUACACAGACUAUUCCCCAGGUAGAUGCACCAGACCGCCAAGCUUUGAUGAGUACCUCCUCCACAAACACUGAAGAAGCGGAUGAGGAUGAAGACGAAGGUGAAGACGAGACUUCAGGUUCCUCCCGGCGUCUGUCGCCUUCGCCUUCUCCUAAGGAGCAUGCACUCUUCACCGAGAGAACGAUCCGUACAGAUCAUGCGACUGUUGGCUCUUUACAGUUCGCGAGCAGCACCAACGCGAGACAAUCCGUUGAUACAGCGGAGUUAGAACGCAUCUCUGCAGAGGUGGAAGAAAGACGGUCAGAACGCUCAUCCUCCGUGCAUUCUCCUGCUCUCUCAAGACCACACUCUCGACUGUCGGAGCGUUCUGCAUCUCCUCUACUCUCCAGGCCUGCCUCUAGGAUAGCAAGCACAUCCAACAGUAGCCAGGUCGUGGAUGAUGUUCAACGUGCACCAUCACCAACAAGUCCGAUGGAUGGCCCAUCACGACCACCUGCGCCCACGCCUCGCGUAUCUGGCAAAGUUCGCAUGUCGGAGGAGACUCGCAGUCCAUCUGGAAAGCCCUGCUCAGAACAGCAACAAGCAGUGGAGCCGGAGACUCCUUUUCCUCAGAUACGGGGGGCACGUCUGGAGCGCUUGUUCUUCUCCGCGCCCGAGCAUAACGUCGAGACCUGUACUAUCUGCCACCGGCGCCGACGCAAACGGUGUCUCCCUCUGGAGCAGAUACCUUCCUGGAUGGCCGGUCGUCCUCCGCAUGACUUCCGAGCGAGAAUGCAGGACCAGGACGACGACGAAGGCUUUGUCGACGGGUCAGAUGAAGACGAAGACCUAGUAGACUCACGCCAUGGAGGCAAGGGUACAGCGCCCGAGCGGCAAGGGUGGAGCGGUAAAUCUCCCCCACAGACUGUUCUGGUCAGGGUUUUGAGAGAGCUUGAGGACGAUUUCACGCACUAUAAGGGUAUCUACGUCGAGCUCGCCGACCAGUACAAAGUGAUGGACCCAACGUCGAACGUCGUGAAGCGGAACGUUCUGGCAGAACAUUUGCGUGAAAUCAUAGAUAUCCUCGAACAAAAGGGUGAUCAAAUCGCGUCGUUAUACGACUUGCUGACCUUCAAUGACAAACCUACAAGACAAUCGGUCAUACCAGACAGAUCCCAGCGUCAUGCGCCGAAUGCGAAACGCUCAAUGCCGGGACGAAGUCGGGGAAUCGCCAGACAAGCAACAUUACCAUAA